AGUCAAAUUAUUACCUUCUGGGGGUACCCUAGUGAGGAGUACGAAGUGACCACAGAAGAUGGGUAUAUCCUUUCGGUUAACAGAAUUCCUUAUGGCAGAAAAGGCCGUGAGAGGAGCAAAGGUCCAAGACCUGCUGUGUUUCUGCAGCAUGGUUUGCUUGCCGAUGCCAGCAAUUGGAUCACAAACUUGGAUUACAACAGCCUUGGCUUUAUGCUGGCAGACGCUGGCUAUGACGUAUGGCUGGGAAACAGCAGAGGGAACACCUGGUCCAGGAAACAUACGCACUUCUCAGUGAAGCAAGAAGAAUUCUGGGUUUUCAGCUUUGAUGAAAUGGCCAAGUAUGACAUUCCAGCCUCAGUGGACUUUAUUUUGAAGAAAACUGGCCAGGAACAAGUGUUUUACGUUGGCCAUUCACAGGGCACCACAAUGGCUUUCGUUGCUUUUUCAACUUUGCCACAGCUGGCUAAGAAAAUCAAAAUGUUCUUUGCCUUGGCACCAGUAGCUACAGUCAAGUUUGCCACUAGCCCUUUGGCAAAACUGGGAGUGUUUCCUGACCUGCUGCUCAAGGACAUGUUUGGAAAGAAACAAUUCCUCCCUCAGAAUUUUUUGCUGAAGUGGCUUGCUACCCAUGUUUGCACCCACAGAAUACUCGAUGACCUUUGUGGCAACAUAUUUUUUCUUCUGUGCGGUUUUAAUGAGAGGAACUUGAAUAUGAGCCGAGUGGACGUGUAUUCAACACACUGCCCUGCUGGGACAUCUGUACAAAACAUGAUCCACUGGAGCCAGGCUGUGAAGACUGGGGAGCUCAAAGCUUAUGACUGGGGAAGCAAGGCUGCAAAUAUGGCUCACUACAACCAGUCUACUCCCCCUUUCUACAAAAUAAAAGAGAUGACUGUACCAACUGCCGUGUGGACUGGUGGACAUGACUGGCUGGCAGACCCGAAGGAUGUUGCUAUGCUGCUCACUCAGAUCACAAACUUGGUUUACCACAAAAACAUUCCAGAGUGGGAACAUUUGGAUUUCAUCUGGGGCCUUGAUGCACCUUAUCGCAUGUAUAAUGAAAUAAUUAACAUGAUUAGGAUGUAUCUCUAAACCUGCAUGGUAAUUCACAGUAUUAGUUCAUCAGGAAUUCAUCUUUUUGGCACAUACACUUUUCUGGCAGUGAUGCUACAUUGUUUAUUUAUGAUGCAUUUUUAAAAUGCCAGCAAUGAUGAAUGAAUUGGAUUCAUAUUUGGUUUGUUUUUCUCAGCAUUAUUUCUCUCUCCUGUAGAAAUCCUUGUUGUAUCCUGCAGAUUUUGCACACAGUGGCAUGGUACUCAGAAAACAGCAGU